GUCUGGCCCCGCCCGAGAGGAGUGACUUCAGACCGGAGCUCGAGCUCUCCAGCGUCCUUCACUUCACGCUCCACACAUCAGCGCACUUUCCCGCGAUUAACAUUUGGAUUACAACGGCCUUUCGCGCGCGCGGCUCAGGAUGAAGGGUGGAGGUUUGGCAGGGAGCUGCAGUCCCUGCUAGAUUCACCUUCAUCACCUUCAUCAUCAUCAUCAUCAUCAUGGCCAAUCACCUGGAGCUGUUGACGGAGCUGCAGCAGCUGGAUAAGGUGCCCAGUCUGGAACGACUCAGGGCCGCGCAGAAGCGCCGCACACAACAGCUCAAGCGAUGGGCCGUCUACGAGAAGGAAAUGCAGAACAAGAAGCGUAAGGGCGACAAACGGCGCUGCCACGGGAACCUGCGGGAUAACCGUAAAAGGGUUUCAUUUGCAGCAAGUGUUGCCCUGCUAGAGGCCUCAUCGAGGAACGAUCCGGAUGAAGUGCGAUAUCUACUGAAGAACAACGUGUGUCCUGAUCUGUGUAACGAAGAUGGACUGACAGCCCUGCACCAGUGUUGUAUUGAUAACUACGAGGAUAUGGUGCGGAUCCUUCUGAAUCACGGAGCCACGGUCAACGCUCAGGACAAUGAGCUCUGGACGCCACUCCAUGCUGCAGCCACGUGUGGACACACAGGCCUCGUCAAGAUCCUCGUCCAGCACGGCGCUGAUCUCUUAGCAGUGAACUCGGACGGUAACAUGCCCUAUGACCUCUGUGAGGACGACCCCACGCUCGACAUCAUCGAGACCGCCAUGGCCAACCGAGGCAUCACACAGGAGAUGAUUAAUGAGACGAGAGCAGUGGUGGAGAGGAGGAUGGUGGGAGAUAUUCAGAACCUCCUGCAGGACGGAGCCGACAUCAACAGACACGACUCCCAGGGGGCCACGCUGCUGCACAUUGCAGCGGCGAACGGUUUUGCGCAGGCUGCAGAGAUGCUGUUAGAUGGAGGAGCCAGAACAGAGAUGAGGGACUCUGACGGCUGGACACCACUACAUGCUGCUGCAUGCUGGGGACAGGUUCAUGUGGCCGAGCUGCUGGUUUCUCAUGGAGCCAGUCUAAACGCCAAGACACACCUGGAGGAGACGCCCAUAGAUCUGUGUGAGGAUGAGGAGUUCAGGAAUCAUCUGCUGGAGUUGAAGCACAAACACGACAUCAUCAUGAAAUCCCAGCUGAAGCACAAGACAUCACUGUGUCGCCGGACCAGCAGCACGGGCAGCCGCGGGAAAGUGGUGCGCAGGGCGAGUCUGUCCAACAGACACAACCUCUGCAGGAAGGAGUAUCAGACCGAAGCCAUCGUGUGGAGAGGAGGACGAGAGGAAGAGGAGCGAGAGCGAGAGUCUGAGCAGGAGAACAGCCGCUCGACGCAGCCCGACGGCGCUCCGAGAGCAGCUGGGAUCCUCAAGGAAGGCGUUCGACAGAACGGCUGCAUCUCCAGCACUCCAGCGACUAACGGUGACCCCGUGACCCCUGACCCCACGCCCUCCGCCGAGCAGACCAAGCCCAAAGAGCAUGUGCAGACGCUGUCCGAACUCAAGAAGCAGCGCUCCGCCGCCAAACUCCUCGUCCAGCCCGUCCUCAACGGACACCUGGGAAACGGCUCGACCAAUCCCAGUCCAGAAGAUCCACACAUGCCUCAGGUCUCGUCCAAUGGCAGCACAGUCUACUUCACGCCGGCCAGCGGAGACCCGCCCCUUCUGAGGUUCAGGCAGCCAAUAGAAGACGAGGAUCCCAAGAGUGACAGCUGCUGCUGCAUCUCAUAGAUCUAGCUCACACACACACACACACACACACGUAUAUAUCCCACAAAAGGAUCCUGUUUAUCACCCGCUUUUAUUUCUCAUUCCGAGUCUGGAAGUCUCUCUGAAGCCUGUGCAGGAACAGGAAAUGACCUCAUUCAGGCUAACAGCUGCAGCUGUGUAAUGUGUGAUUGUGCUGCAGCUCUCCUGUACAGUAUUUAUUUGUAUAUGUGCAUAGAGCCACUCUUAAUUCUGUAAGAUUAUUUAUUGUAUUCCAGAGCGAUGCAGAGACGGACGGAGCACAGACGAGUCAGUAUUUUUCUAUGAUAGUGUUAUUAUAAUGAGCAGAUGAAGUAUAUGAAUGCACACUCAAAUCACAAGAAGAAGUAGCCUUUGAUAUGUUUUGCAUCGUCACGAUAUUUUCACAACACACUUGCUGCAGAAAAAAGACUGUUAAUGUAAUUUAAUGCAGCAUCACAAUAAAUACUAACAUUAUGCAUAAAUGCAUUUAAAUCAAAUUAAACAUAGUGUUAUUUUUUUUCUAUAUGACACUUUUAGUGAGAUUUAGUGAAACGGUUACUGUUAUGAAAAAAGAGCUUGUGAAAUAUGACCCAGAUGUGUUUAUAUGAAGAAAGUGUUCGUGAUUCUCCCAAUGAAGGGUUAAUUUAUUUUAUUCGAUCCGCUCGAUCGUGACACUCUGCUCUUUCGGGUGCCAAAGUCUUCCAGAGUGAUGGACGUCAGAAACAGCCAAUCAGGUUCCAGUGCCAGUCCCGUAGCCCCGCCCACUCCUCAGCGCUCAUGCGUCAGAGCCGGGAAAGAAUGUAAAUAAUGCUUGGAAUGCAUUUCCUUCAAACACGAGCUGAUGUUCAGGAAGGAAAGUAUUCUGUAGCCUGUGAUGGUGAAUCUGGAAUAGAAAUAUGAGUAGAGUUCACACGUGAGGAGUUGAGCUUCCGUUUCUACUGAGGUGCACGAAGGGAAAAGAGCAUCACAACUACUGAUCUGAUCAUUACUGGAAUCUACUGAUCACUGUAUUAACAUAUUUUCAAUAAAGUGUAUAUUUUGGUCAGUU